AGGUGUCUACCCAAUCGAUCGCUCGGUGCGUCAACGGUGCGGCCUCAUUUAUAUCCCCAAAGUGGUGCCCUCUCCCCCUGUCUCUCAGCUCACCUCUGCCCCGCCUCUCCGGGGCCUUCCCGAGCUCGCGCGACGAGAUGCUACGCUCAUGGAGGAAUCUGGACCGUGUUUGCCGAUCUGCUUAUGGACCCUUCGCGAUGGCAAGGAACAUUGCAGUACAUGGCCAAACGAAUCGGGGUAAGCCGAAUCAGACCAGCCACCUCCCUUGUGGCAGUGCUUUUUUCUGCACCCCCAGUGAACAAUUUGCGACCACCAAAGGGAAGAAUAGAGCAAAAAUGAGGAAGGAAACCAAGAAGGUCAAUGUAAGAUCGUCCUUCAUCAUUGAUAAUAGCACCCAUCGCGAUGGGUCUAUAUACAAAAACUCUUUUCUCCAAAAAAUAUGCAGUGUUACAAACCGUGAUGAGACACAACUGGAGCCAAUGAUGUUAUCAGAUCCCACUGAUUGUUUUCCUGACCGGGAAAGAUGUGCUGUGCAUUCUGCACGUAACAUGAUGCAAAUUUUUUCAUUAAAGUUGGCUGAAGUUUCUGUGAACACAAGCUCUGUACAACUAUAUGGAUAUAUAGCUGUGCGAGAUUGUCUGGAUUCGUUGCUAAAUUAUAUUGUCAAUCGUAGCAGGGACGAUCCCAUUACGGUGCAGCAGGGUUCUCUCAUUGAGAUGACUGGCCCUAAGAGGGGGAUCACAAUGACCUCUCCUGUUCUAGUUGAGUUUGACAUGAGGAUCAGGAAAGGAGAGCGAGAAGAAGAUGAUCUACAAUUAAUUGAUGGUGCAAUAGACUGUGAACUAACCACCACACCUCUCCGUCCAAUCACAAAUCACAUUAAUGGCGACUGUGGUGCGGUUGACAUCACUUUAGCCCUCAUUCCCCGUGCAGUGGAGGCCACUAUAGAUGUUAUUAUAUCAGAAGUACAGACUGAAUUCAGUUUAUCUCUGAGUUCGUUUGUGUUUGUUGGUGGGUCACAUCAGGGGAUUGAACUCUUUUGUGGUAUUAUCGGCGAGUCAUGUGGCUUAACAAGACGAUAUGUGAUUGCUGUAGACAAGGCUAGUUGGAUGCAUUUGAUGUUCAACAUAGGUCAGAAAGGAUCAAAAAUUGGUGAUCUGGAACAUCAUUGCCGCUUCAAAGCAGACAUCCAUGGAUGCACCUGUCGACAAAUAAUACUUGAGCAUGCAUCCAUCUCGCUGAAGGUGACUUGGUCGAUUGUGCGAUGAAGUUGUUGUGUACUGGGAUUACUUGGUCUUGCACUGGAUACAUGUCUAGUUGGCACACUAGUUAUUGAUUUUGCGUUGGAACUGAGUACCAUGUCUGAGUGAGAAGAAGAUAAUGUUUUGUAUUCUCUGUUUUUACUAUUAUAAGAUGUUUUGGAUAUUUCAGUAUAGACUA